UCAGAGGAAACCUCUCACAGUAACAAGUCUGCCAUCAGUUGACAGUCUCACCUGUUGGCCACACGGUUGUGCUCACAGACCGCUCGCCCCCGUGGCUGUGCCGUGCUGUUGCUCUGCGCCUGCGUGUUGCGUUGACGGAGCGGAGACCAUUUCCUCCAGCAGCAGCAGCAGCAGCAGCAGCCAGCCAGCAGCAGGCCUCCUCGCAGAGCUCCACACACACAUAUACACACACGCAAACAUACACACAUAUGCAGACAAGAGUACCGUCAAAGCAAAGCCACGUUUUGGGAUUGUCUUAUCUGAACGCCGCUUAAACCUGGAUGCCCCCCGACCACAGAAGUCAUCCUAAUGGGCCUUCAUCGCUGAUUUGCAGCAACAUCUGGUCUACAGUGGUAUCUUUUGGCUCUGAUGGUACUAGCUGAACAGUGACCGCUUCCUGCCUGAGGACACCUGCUGCCCAAUUCCCUUCAUCAUGUCUGGGAUGCAUGCACCAUGGUCGACUGGCACAGAGUGUGUAGCCAAGUACAACUUCCAGACUGCCAACGAACAGGACCUGCCUUUCUGUAAAGGAGAUGUACUGACCAUCAUCGGAGUCACCAGGGAUCCAAACUGGUACAGAGCGAGGAACACAGUGGGCAGAGAGGGCACAAUUCCGGCUAACUAUGUCCAGAAAAGGGAAGGAGUCAAGUCAGGAGGGAAACUCAGUCUCAUGCCAUGGUUUCAUGGGAAGAUAACUCGGGAGCAGGCCGAACGGCUCCUGUAUCCUCCGGAGACGGGCUUGUUCCUGGUGAGGGAGAGCACCAACUAUCCCGGCGAUUACACCCUGUGCGUCAGCUGCGACGGCAAGGUGGAGCACUACCGCAUCAUCUACCACAACGGCAAGCUCACCAUUGACGAGGAGGAGUACUUCGAGAACCUCAUGCAGCUGGUUGAGCAUUACACCAAAGAUGCCGAUGGCCUUUGCACCAGGCUGAUUAAACCCAAGUUGAUGGAGGGAACAGUGGCAGCACAAGACGAGUUCUCCAGGAGCGGCUGGGCCUUGAACAGAAAGGAGCUGAAACUCUUGCAGACCAUUGGCAAAGGAGAGUUUGGAGAUGUGAUGGUAGGAGACUACAGAGGGACCAAGGUGGCGGUCAAGUGUAUCAAAAAUGAUGCUACAGCGCAGGCUUUCAUCGCAGAGGCCUCUGUCAUGACACAACUGAGGCACACCAACCUGGUGCAGUUGCUAGGGGUAAUUGUCGAGGAGAGGGGCAGUCUCUACAUCGUCACAGAGUACAUGGCCAAGGGCAGCCUAGUGGACUACCUGCGCUCUCGAGGGCGGACCGUCCUCGGUGGAGACUGCUUACUCAAGUUCUCGCUCGAUGUGUGUGAAGCCAUGGAGUACCUGGAGGCCAACAACUUUGUCCACAGAGACCUGGCAGCUCGUAACGUGCUGGUGUCUGACGACAACAUCGCCAAGGUCAGCGACUUCGGUCUCACCAAGGAGGCCUCCUCCAUACAGGACACUGCCAAGCUGCCCGUUAAAUGGACCUCCCCGGAAGCACUAAGAGAGAAAAGGUUUUCCACCAAGUCGGACGUCUGGAGUUAUGGAAUCCUACUUUGGGAGAUCUACUCCUUUGGGCGCGUGCCUUAUCCUAGAAUUCCGUUGAAAGAGGUGGUGCCCCGGGUAGAGAAGGGAUACAAGAUGGAUGCCCCAGAUGGCUGCCCGCCCGUGGUGUACGACCUGAUGAAGCAGUGCUGGACCCUGGACUCCGUGGUGCGGCCCUCCUUCCGCAUGCUGAGGGAGAAGCUGCAGCAUAUCAGAGCUAAGGAGCUCUACCUGUGAAGAGGAGGCAUAGGAGGACGACGGGGGUAGAGGAGGGGGGCGAGACACAGCCCAGCACAGCUGUAAAGCCGGAGGAGGAGGAGGAGGAGGAAGCGGAAGAAGCGAAGAAGAAGAAGAAGAAGAAGAGGGACCACAGCACCUUCCUCCUGCCUGCCCAGCCUGUUAACCUGUGUGGGACUGCCAUAUUGUGCCCCCUCCCCCAACCUCAGACGUCCGCCAGCUGCCCUCUGCUUCCAUACAAGGACUGUUUUCCUGUUUGUGUUGUAUAGCUUUUGCCAGACAGAUUCCUCUCCUCUCGAUGGGCCACUGCUUUUUCCUCCUUCUACACCUGCUCACUCACACUCUCUCUCUCUCACUCUGUCUCUUCUCUCUUGGUCCAAGUUUCUCUAUCUUAAAGAUCCCGUUUCAUUCUUAUUUUUUUUCCUCCCCUCCUCCUCUCCUGAACAUGGCAUUAACUAGAGGGGAGGCUGGCCUUUUCCUCCACGUUUGUCAGGUGCUCUUUCUUCUUCCCCCACCCCGCCUCUCCAUCAUUCCUGGAUCUCUGUAUCACCGUGUGGCUCUGCAUGAAUUCAGCCCAGCUCUCUGUCAUUCCAUCCUUCCUUUUAUCCUUCCCUCCCCUCGGCGUGGUGUCAGGUGUGGGGCCUUCGCUCUGUGCCAAAGUGCCUCCAGUCUACAGAGCUCCAGACUUCCCUCCAGCACUUCUUUCGAUUGGACUGUUGUGGUUUGAUUUUUUUUUUUAUUACUUUUUUUAAGAGAUCUUUUUUAUUGCUUGUUUUUUUCUUCUUUUUUUUUUCAGGGAGGUUAUCAAACCGUUAUUUUUUAGUGCUGCCCCCCCUCACCCCCACAACCACCAUCACCCCAUCAGACUGGGAUUUUUCUUUUCUUUUUUUUUCAAGUGUCCAUGAAGAGACCGUGAACAGGAAGAGACAGGAUAUGGGUGCCAGUAUCAUGUUCGUCCUCCAACCAAUACAGCCCGGAGGAGCGGUGGGAUAGGAUGGGGUGGGGUUGGGUGGGAGGGGAUGUGUCGGGACAAUAACAGGAGGAGAAGGGGGAGAAGCAGUUCACAAACAUGGUUGAUUCAUCAUACGUGGGCUUGUUUUUAUAUCAAAAUAUAUUUAAAGGAUUAAAAAAAAAAAGAACAAGGAAAAAACUGACUGGGGUGGGGAAUUAAAUUUAAAAAAAAAAAAAAAAAAAAAGGAGGACUUUCAGAAGCCAGGAGUCUCUUGGCGUUAGGAAUGUUCAGUGUCUCUGUGAAUGCUGAGGUCGGGGUGGUGCAUGCUGUGUGUGAGAGGCCUUGGGUUCAACUGUCAGUGCUUUCAAUGUUCAUUGUUUUAUUAUGCUAUCAUGAUUAUGAAUAAAUCAUUCCAUCUGAACAA